AUGUCAAACCGUCCACAUGUUAUUAGUGAUUUUAUUUAUUUUUUAAUUAAUAAUGUUCAUUGUUUCGAUAAUGAAGUUUUUGCCUCAAACGUUGUUGACUUCUAUCGAGUUGAAGAAGUGGUAGCUGGCGUUGAAAUUUUGAAAGAUGAAAUUGAUAUUAUGAAAACUAAUAAUUUAAAGAAUAAACCUGUUGAAAAAUUUCAGUUUCGUGGAAUAAUUAAAAAGGAUAAAAUACAAGACUGUAUUAAUUUUUUAAAAAUUCUGACGACUAACGGUUUGUUGGAUAAUUGUUCGGUUUUUGUUAGCCCCAAUUUAGCAAGAAUUCCAACCGUUUUGAAUUGGCUUAAUUGCAAUUUUCAAAUGAUAAAAAAUGAUAUUAAGGCCAUGUUGAACAUACAACGCAAAGUUUUAAUUGACACAAUGGACGUAAACAACAAAUCUCUAUUGGAUAGUUUAUGCAAUAUCGUAUCGUCUCGUUCAAUAAAUAACAGAGAAAUUAAUUAUGCUAAGGCAUGUUCAGCAAAUAUGCCAGUUGCUAAUGAUUCUGUUUCAAACUGUACAACACCAUGCGUAGUUUUAAAAUCCAAUUCUUAUGUUGCCAACACUGUCACUGCCGUAUCAUCAGAGAAUGUAAAAGUUGUGUCAGAUGUCAAGCCUAAGAAAAACUGGCACGACUCAACCGCUCAAAGUUCCCAGUGUGAAUCUCAUGACGAUGAAUUUCAGCCAGUUUUGAACAAAAAAAGGAAAAAAUCUGCUGCUUCUCCCUGGGUAGGCCAAAUGAAUCAGCCUACUCCUAAUGUUAAAUUGAAUAAGCCCUCUAAAGUGUUCGGCACAGGCGCCGACUGCCCUUUAAAGUCUUCUAAGGUAAUUGAAAAAAAAAUUACUUACUAUAUAGGCAACGUUCAAUCGUGCACUAAAGAUGUCAUUGAAAAUCACUUAAAAUCAAAUGAUAUUGCUUUCCCACAUUGUUUCCCAGUUGUGCGUAAAAGAAACCCGAAGGUUAAUACAGGUGAUAUUAUAGCUGAAUCGACUGCCUUCAAAAUAAUUUUGCCUGUUAAUGAAUUAACAAAAUUAAAAAAUCCUGACAUUUGGCCAAAUUCCGAGAUUAACCUGAUGUUCCAUCAAAAUGGUCAAGCUGAUCUGCUUGAAGUUGUAGAUCAUGACCUUAAUAUCCUUAACGAUUACUCCUAUGUUUGUUCUCAAAUGUUGCCUGAGAACAACCGGUCUGGUAACGUUGGUGGGGGUGUGGGUUUAUUUGUCAGAAAUGGAUUGAGUUCUGAUGUUAUUUUGUUUUUGAGGGAUUUAACAUUCUUGCUUCUAAAAAUCAAAUAUGGCUCUUUCAAAGUAAAUAAUGUUGCUGAUGCACUUCAUUCUUCUGAUCAUAAUUUUGGUUAUAGGAAGUAUAUUGAUAGUGGUGUUUCUGAUUCAUUUGUUCUGUUUGAAUGCCUUCCACAUGAAAUUAUUGACGUUGUAAAGAACCUUAAAAACACUCAUAGUUGCGGAGAUGACUUCAUUUCUAAUUUUUAUUAA